GUAAAGUGCAUCCACCUAGCUCAGUAGGGGCUCUUCUCCGUCCAGUGUAGCCGCAUGGCCAAGCACAGCAAUCCGAAUGGCGCAGCGGGAGGCAGUACGCGUGGCCGAGGAAGUUGGAGGGGCCGGGCGAGCUACAGAGGCGACAGAGGAGGCCGGGCCGGCAGCUUCAACAAGAACGGCAAGAGCGGUGAUGCGGCGGCCAAGAUCCAGACGGAGGAUGGCGUACAGUCUGAGGACAAGUUCGAGGAAGUCAAGCUGCGCGAUUCACUGGAUGAGAGACUGGGAUUCUACCGCUUCAGUGAGGGCGGCAAAUCAAAAGUCGGCUGGCUCGUCAAUAUGCACCCUACACUCAUCAAAGAUGACCUCCAUUCAGGCGGGCGUGCUGCGGUAGACUUUUACUUCAUCCAGGACGACGGAGAGCUCUUCAAAGCGACAAUGGUCUAUGAGCCCUACUUCUUUCUCGCCUGCAAAAAAGGGACGGAGACACAGGUCGAGGAAUGGCUCAACAAACGCUUCGAGACCCAGCUCGUCAGAGUCGAGCGUCAGCGUAAAGACGAUCUCAAACUGCCCAAUCAUCUGCUCGGCUACAGCCGCACCUUCAUACAGCUUAUAUUCAGGAAUGUCAACGACCUUCAACUCGUGCGACGCGAAUUGCUGCCCAUCGCCAGUAAAAACGCCGCGAAGCUCUCCGCAGUCGAUGCAUACGCCGAGGUCAUCGCUGGAGACUCAACCGCAAAUUUGGCCAACUUAGUGUUGGUGGACGAUUUUGCCGGCGUCGACAUUGAAGAAGGUGCAGCCUUUGUCGCAAAAGCAUCGACGCGCGCCCUCGGCAGCGCAGCAGAUCCCAGCGAGCAGAUACUCGAUGUCAGAGAAUACGAUAUACCCUACUAUUUGCGCGUCGCAAUCGACAAAGAGAUCCGCGUUGGUCUAUGGUACACUGUCUCUUCGCAACAGGGCGAUAUCACACUAGAGUGCAUCACCGAACGCGUAGAGCGUGCCGAUCCGGUCGUCCUCGCAUUCGAUAUAGAGACCACGAAAGGUCCACUCAAAUUCCCAGACGCCGCUCAUGAUCAGAUCAUGAUGAUCUCGUACAUGAUUGACGGCCAAGGCUUCCUCAUCACCAACAGAGAGAUUGUGUCAGAAGACAUUGACGAUUUCGAAUAUACCCCAAAAGCGGAGUACGAAGGUCCUUUUAUGGUCUUCAACGAAGCAGACGAGUCGGCACUCCUGGCACGCUUCUUCGAACAUGUACGCGAGGCCAAGCCGACCGUCAUUGCUACGUACAACGGUGACAGUUUCGACUGGCCAUUCGUUUGCAAUCGCGCCGCAGCCAGAGGCAUCGACAUGUACCGAGAGAUCGGGUGGAAGAUUGACGCAGAAGACGAAUUCAAGAGCGCCAACUGCAUUCAUAUGGAUUGUUUUCGAUGGGUCAAGCGUGACUCGUAUCUGCCACAGGGCUCCCAGGGUCUCAAAGCCGUCACGGUCGCCAAAUUAGGCUACAAUCCUAUCGAGCUCGACCCUGAGCUCAUGACGCCCUACGCUGUCGAGAAACCACAGAUCCUUGCCCAGUAUUCAGUCUCAGAUGCCGUGGCGACAUACUACCUUUACAUGAAAUACGUGCAUCCCUUCAUCUUCUCGCUUUGCAACAUCAUCCCGCUCAAUCCAGACGAGGUGCUUCGAAAGGGCUCCGGGACACUCUGCGAGACUCUGCUUAUGGUCGAGGCGUAUCGGGGCAAGAUCAUCAUGCCUAAUAGGCAUGUGGAACCGACGGCGAACAUGUACGAAGGCCAUCUUCUCGAGUCCGAGACCUACGUCGGCGGCCAUGUCGAGGCUCUUGAGGCGGGCGUUUUCAGAAACGAUAUACCCGUCGACUUUCGGAUAGCACCAGACGCGAUACAGAAACUAAUCGAUGAGCUCGAUCAAGCCCUGACGUUCAGUCUGAAGGAAGAAGGAAAGAUCGACCUUGCAGACGUGGAGAACUACGAUGAGGUGCGAGGAGGUAUUCUCAGCAUGCUCGAGGAGUUACGCGACAAGCCGAUGCGCCAGGACAAGCCUCUGAUCUACCAUCUUGAUGUGGCGGCCAUGUAUCCAAACAUCAUGUUAUCGAAUCGCCUUCAACCGGACUCAGUCGUCGAUGAAUCGAUGUGUGCAGCCUGUGACUAUAACCGACCUGGCAAGACUUGCGAUCGACGGAUGACCUGGGCCUGGCGCGGCGAGUUCUUUCCUGCCAAGCUAGACGAAUUCAAGAUGGUCCGCAACGCACUAGAGUCAGAAUCUUUCCCUCCCAAGUGGCCUGGCAAGCCACCUCGGCGUUUCGUGGACCUUGCCCCAACUGAGCAGACUUCGUUCCUGCACAAGCGACUGGGAGACUACUCUCGAAAGGUAUACAAGCGCACACAUGACACCAAGAUCAUCAACAAGGAAGCUAUCAUCUGUCAGCGGGAAAAUCCUUUUUAUAUCGACACUGUUCGCGAAUUCAGAGAUCGUCGAUAUACUUACAAAGGCUUGCACAAGACAUGGAAGAAGAAUCUCGAUGGCGCCAGUGUGACCGGCUCACUCACCGAUGUCGUCGAAGCAAAGAAGAUGAUCGUGCUUUACGACUCACUGCAGCUCGCGCACAAGUGUAUCCUCAAUUCGUUCUAUGGCUACGUCAUGCGAAAAGGUGCUCGGUGGUAUUCGAUGGAGAUGGCAGGCAUUACGUGUCUGACGGGCGCAUCCAUCAUACAAAUGGCACGUAGACUCGUGGAGCAGAUCGGGAGACCUCUCGAACUCGAUACUGACGGGAUUUGGUGCAUGUUGCCUGGCUCUUUUCCCGAAGACUUCAAAUUUAGACUCAAGAACGGCAAGAGCUUUAGUAUCUCGUAUCCGUGCACAAUGCUCAAUCAUCGUGUGCAUGACGGCUUUACAAACGAUCAGUAUCACGAGCUUGUCGAUAAGGAGCGCGGCGUCUACGAGAUCCGAAAAGAAAACAGUAUCUUCUUCGAGCUUGAUGGGCCGUAUCGAGCGAUGAUACUGCCGUCGUCGAAAGAGGAAGACAAAUUGCUCAAGAAGCGCUACGCUGUAUUCAAUGAGGAUGGAAGUCUCGCCGAGCUCAAAGGCUUCGAAGUCAAGCGACGCGGUGAGCUACAGCUCAUCAAGACCUUUCAAACACAAAUCUUCGAGCGCUUCUUGCUUGGCGAUACGCUUAAAGAUUGCUACGCAGCAGUAGCGACAAGUGCAGACCAAUUCCUCGACAUCCUUACCAGCAAGGCCGCCAGUCUCAGCGAUGCCGAGCUCAUCGAUCUCAUCGCAGAGAAUCGCAGCAUGUCAAAGACGCUUGCAGAGUAUGCUGGUCAAAAGUCCACUUCCAUAAGCACCGCCAAGCGUCUGGCGGAAUUUCUCGGCGAUCAGAUGGUCAAGGACAAAGGCCUUGCCUGCAAAUUCAUCGUGUCUGCCAAGCCGAACGGCGCUCCUGUUACCGAGCGAGCAGUGCCCGUGGCGAUCUUCACAGCCGAGCCUAGCGUGCGUCAGCACUUCUUGCGCAAAUGGCUCAAAGACAAUAGCCUAACAAGCUUCGAUCUCCGUGACAUCCUCGAUUGGGAUUAUUAUAUCGAUCGACUCGGGUCUGUCAUUCAGAAGCUUGUCACUAUUCCGGCAGCUCUGCAAAAGAUCCCCAAUCCUGUCCCUCGUAUACGACAUCCAGAUUGGCUAGCUCGCCGCGUCGCAUCGAUCGACGACAAGUACAAACAGCAUCGAAUCACGGACAUGUUCGUCAAACAGAGAAUACAAGCGUCAGCUGCAGGCAAGGCGCUCACCGAUGUCAAGAGCUUUUCGGGCCCAAAGCUCGUCAAGCAAAAGCCUGCUGUCGUCAUUGAUGAAGGCCCUCUGCCUGAUCCACGCUCGAACUAUUCUGCUUGGAUCAAGCGGAUGAAACCGCGAUGGCAGCUCAAGCGUCAGCAAAUGGCCGCUGCAGCGAGCGCCGGCGGCCCAUCUUCACACAGUCGUCUUGGCAACAUGUUGCGCCAGCAGGCCGGUGCAAUUAUGACCAGCGACUGGGAGAUCUUGCAAGUUACGGAGUCCGGCAGUUCUCGUGAAGGCGAGUUGAAGAUAUGGCUUUUGAUAAAGAACAAUCUGCAAGCGAUCAAGCUCAGAGUCUCGCGAGAGUUUUACCUCAAUGUGAAGAAUCUAAUCACAGCUGCGCCGUACUUCCCUGCCAGCUGCAGAGUGGCGGAUGUUGUCAAAGGGCUGCCGAGCUCGCAGCGGCGGCAGAACCUCGUCAAGGUCACCGUCGACGAAGGCACUUUCACUUCAGAGCAAGCAGCGUAUGCGCGGCUGCUCAACAAUCCAGAGAUUGAUGGCGUCUACGAAUUGCAGGUUCCGCUCGUCGCGCGCGCUCUCAUCAAGCUUGGCGUGUCUUGUAAGCCCGACCACGAAACUUCGCUUGGCAAAGGGCUAGACAAGGGCUUUGAUCUGGCGAAUCUCAACCGAGCGCCACAUUUGUCUUCGCGACGCUACCUUGGCGGGAGGGAUAGCCCACUACAAUACGCAUACUUAUAUCACGUGCAUUCGGACGCCCGGCAUGUCAUUUGCCUGAUUACCAGUGAUGGCAAAGCUCGACUGUUCAUUGUUGAUCGAGGCCGAAAUAAGCAAAUUCCGAACUUGUCGCGAUACUACAGUGAAGCAAAGGCCAACUAUUUCAAGCGGGUCUAUUCUGGACUUACGCAGGCUGCUCAGAAAGCAGCACGAGGCGCCUUCGACUAUCCGGAAGAUCUCACGUUCGAUACGUCUGUCUACGACCGCGAAGAUGUCGCAUUCCGAGCGGUCAGCCGCGAAUUAACAGGCCUGCACGCGCGCAAAGAAGGCCCGACCGUCUUGAUCGCCUACACACCCAAGGACAGGCCAUUUCUAGAGGAGCAUUUGCCUGCUGCUGCAAAUUUUCCAUUAGUCAUGAUCCGCGCCAACAAGGCGGACAACGUCCUGCCAGCGCUGGCUUGGCAAGAGCCGGCAAGCAAGCGCAUGCUGCAACACUAUCUCCGCGUUUCGCAUUGGCUCAAGGACAGGAUCGCCUUGGCCGAAGAGUUCGAUAUCCCCCUGUGCAACCUAGAAGGCGACGUCCCCAUCAUGGUUGCUGACAUCGAAUAUGCGCGUCGUCUCAUAAGUGCAGAUCUACUCCUUUGGUGGUCGCCGCGUGCCAAGCCUGACUUGGGCGGCCGCGAUGAGGACACAUUCGUGUCUGCAUCAGAGACAUCAGAGCCAGAGAUCUCACGGCCGGGAUGUUACACCAAUGCGGUAGUCGACUUAGAUCUGCGCGAUCUUGCAGUCAAUGCAGUCAUGCAAGCAGCGUUUGUCUACGAGCUCGAAGGCGCCGAAGGCACAUCGAUGGGCUUCGGCGAAGCUUCUCACAACCUUGACGAGUAUGCAAAGGGCAGCGCACACGAGGCCGUCAAUCUCGGCGAUGUUGUGCUGUCCCCUCAGACCUUUGCGAUUCUGCGCAGCAUGGUGAGGCAAUGGCUUGUGUCCAGCGGCAAAGACAAUCAAUCCGGCAUGAUGACGGAUCACUUCUGGCGAUGGGUCUGCUCACCUUCCUCGAAUAUGUUUGAUCCAGCCACGCUCAAGUUCUUACAUGGUGUUAUGUGCAAGGUACUAUCUCAAUUGCUUGCCGAACUCCGUCGCUUGGGCUCAGAAGUAGUCUAUGCGGACUUCACUCGGAUUAUGCUCGUCACGACCAAGCCCGAUUCGUUCAACGCGCUCGCAUACAUCAACUAUAUCGUGUCGUCAAUCUCUGGCCGUGAUCUCUUCAAGUCUAUACACCUCGAGGCGACUACAUACUACGAUCUCCUGAUCUGGUACGAUGCUGCCAACUUUGCUGGCGUUAUCUGCAAGGAUCCCAAUGUCGAGAUGACCGAGAAGGACACCACGGUAGUCAUGGGCUGGAACAUAUGCUCAUUCCUGCCGCCUGUGCUGCAACCGCAUUUCUCGACCGCUAUUGCUACGUACGCCCACAACAUCUAUUCCAUCAAGCGACAAUGCACCCGCGACUUGCGAACGCCUCUGCGAAUGAUCCAAAAUGCAGCAGAGACAGUCCCCAAUGCCGGCAAGCUUGAAGAGGCUUCACUGACUGCCAAAUAUAUCUCGGAAAGCUUCACCCGACGUAUGCUGAAGACCUUGAGCGAUCUCAAUCGUCAGCAUACGCGCGACACAGCGGUGCCGGAAGCCAGACAGCUUUGGGAAUUUCCGAGAUUGCCGGGUAGCCACCUUCAGCAGCGAAAGCCCCUGCUGGCCUGGAUUGCGUCCGUCUGCGCUAUCGUAUCGCUGCACAAGACGAAUGCCGUCGAGGCGCAAAGUCUCAAGCGCAUGCUGCUUCAACAGAUUGGUGUCAGAGAAUUCUCAGCAGAAGCCGCGUUCCGUAAUCCUUGCAUCAGCAUCAAGGUGCAGAUGGCAGUCUGUUUGCAUUGCGCUAAUGCACGUACGAUGGACCUAUGUCGGGAUCCGACUUUGCUGGCAUCGGCUAACGCGACGAGCGAUCAGCUUGCUUGGCAAUGUCCUCGAUGCGGCCAUCCUCAAGACCGGGGCGCAAUCGAGAACAGCCUAAUCGAUACACUCUUACGAGCAGUGGCCGAAUAUCAGCUUCGCGAUCUCAAGUGCGCACGCUGCAACACCAUCAAAGUGCGAGACCUGAGCAAAGACUGCGAAUGCUCGGGCUCGUUCUCGAUCGAAGAGGCGCGUAAAAGCAUUCUCACCCGCCUGCACAGCUUCGAGCUGGUCGCACAAUACUACAAUCUCGAACUGCUGCUGGGUAUCGUCGCACACCAGAAGCAGAUCAUGCAAUAAUAUCUCUAGACGUCUGUUGUUGCUACAAAUUCAGCGCUAUUUGCACGCUCUGCACUCGAC